GGCCCACGGCCCACGGCCUACGACCCACGACCCACGACCCACGAAAGGCGAAGAGCCAAGAGCGCUCUGCGCCUCUGACGAGCACCAAAACCAAACCCCUCGUAAAACCCUACCUUCCCCUCCAACUCAAACCCACCCGUUCUUUUCCAUACGCAGCGCCAGGUCUGCCGUGCAUUGAACCCUGAAAACAAUGGAGGUCGAAGGAGAAGAGCAGAGCAACAACAACGUGAUGUGUUCUCUGACGGACCCAGAAGGGAAUCCCUUGGGACCUCCCAUGUACCUUCCCCAAAACGCCGGUCCGCAACAGCUUCAGCAAAUCGUCAAUAAGCUCCUUAGCAACGAGGAGAAGUUGCCUUAUGCUUUCUACAUAGCAGAUCAAGAGCUUGUUGUGCAGCUUGGAACUUACUUACAGAAAAAUAAAGUUUCUGUGGAGAAGGUGCUAUCGAUAAUUUAUCAACCACAAGCAGUGUUCCGAAUUCGUCCCGUAAAUCGUUGUUCAGCAACAAUAGCUGGUCACACAGAAGCUGUACUUUCUGUUGCAUUCAGUCCAGAUGGGAGACAUUUGGCCAGUGGUUCAGGUGAUACGACUGUUAGGUUAUGGGACCUAAAUACCCAGACACCAAUGUAUACUUGUACAGGGCACAAGAAUUGGGUUCUUUGUAUUGCCUGGGCACCUGAUGGCAAACACCUUGUAAGCGGAAGCAAGGCUGGAGAACUUCAGUGCUGGGAUCCACAGACGGGAAAGCCUUUAGGCAAUCCACUUACUGGCCAUAAGAAAUGGAUAACUGGUAUAUCUUGGGAACCAGUACAUCUCAAUGCUUCAUGUCGUCGCUUUGUAAGUUCCAGUAAAGAUGGAGAUGCACGCAUAUGGGACAUAUCAACGAGGAAAUGUGUGAUUUGUCUUAGUGGUCACACGCUUGCAGUCACUUGUGUAAAAUGGGGCGGAGAUGGAGUUAUAUAUACUGGCUCUCAGGAUUGUACUAUCAAAGUUUGGGAAACUUCACAAGGGAAGCUAAUUCGUGAAUUGAAGGGCCAUGGGCAUUGGGUUAAUUCCCUUGCAUUGAGCACUGAAUAUGUUCUUCGUACUGGAGCUUUUGAUCAUACGGGCAAGCAGUAUUCAUCUCCAGAGGAAAUGAAGGAGGUGGCUUUACAAAGGUACAACAAAAUGAAAGGCAAUGCCCCAGAAAGAUUGGUUUCAGGGUCUGACGAUUUCACAAUGUUCCUUUGGGAACCUGCUGUUAGCAAACACCCAAAAACUCGAAUGACAGGUCAUCAACAGCUUGUGAACCACGUUUACUUUUCACCUGAUGGACAAUGGGUAGCAAGUGCCUCAUUUGACAAGUCUGUCAAAUUAUGGAAUGGUACUACGGGAAAAUUUGUUGCUGCUUUUAGGGGUCAUGUUGGGCCUGUUUAUCAGAUAAGUUGGUCUGCUGAUAGUAGGCUUCUUUUAAGUGGGAGCAAGGACUCCACACUAAAGGUUUGGGAUAUUCGGACACUGAAGCUGAAGCAAGACCUUCCAGGCCAUGCAGAUGAGGUUUUUGCUGUUGACUGGAGUCCAGAUGGUGAGAAGGUGGCUUCUGGGGGUAAGGAUAAAGUGUUGAAGCUGUGGAUGGGCUAAAUUGAUUGAAGGAGACAAGGGGACUUGCAGAAAACAUGGACAAAUUUUUGUUGUGAUAAAUUUUCUUUUUCCUUGCCGAGUCAUAAAUAGUAAUGAUAUUUAUGAAUAUAGUACACUCAAUUGUAUAUUACCAAAGAGCUGAAUGAUCCUCAAUGCAAUUCCCUUUUGUGAAGGUUAAAGUUUGAAA